AAACACUGCUGUCAGUGGCCCUUCACACCCCCAGCACGCGGGCUCGAUACUGCGUAUGCUGUCAGUGGCUCUGAAAUCCAACAGAAGCUAAAUUAUAUAAUUUAUUGUAGUGACCAGUUCAGGCUGACACCAUUAAUGAUGACUGAACAAGAAAAUCCAGCCGUUACCAAUUUCCGCAACUACAUAAAGAUAAAGACGGUUCAUCCUCAUCCUGACUAUGCUAGUUGUACGGAGUAUUUACAAAAACAGGCCAAAGACCUGGAGGCUGAGUUCCAGGUAGUUGAGUGCAUACCUGGUAAACCAGCAGUUAUCAUGACACUGUUAGGAGAACAACCCGACUUGCAGUCACUUCUCCUCAAUUCACAUACUGAUGUUGUCCCAGUAUUUCCUUGUAAGCUGCUUCUCUUUGACUACUGGAAAUAUGACCCUUUCAGUGCUCACAAGGAUGAAAAUGGGGACAUCUAUGGACGAGGAACCCAAGAUAUGAAAUGUGUUGGUAUCCAGUACUUGGAGGCUCUCAAACGACUUAAAAAAGAUGGACACAAAUUCCUCCGUACCAUUCAUCUGACAUUUGUACCUGGUAUGCAAACCAAUACUGUACUACUUUUCACAUAAAUAAGAUACAGUGGA